AUGGGUAUGGGACAUACUGGACAAGUAGAUUCAAGACGAGCAAAGAGGAAAAACCCAGAUUGGGACGGCGAUGAUUUGCAAAUGAUGUCUUUACAAGUGGAUUUGGGUUCUUCGGAUCUUUGGGUUGCUUCAGAUCUUUGUACUUCCUCUGAUUGCGCUUCUGCUCCUGCAUUAUUCAACACUUCGCUCUCGUUGGAUUCUGGUCAGAGUGUGAAUUGGACAUACGAGUCUGGAGCUGUCUCGGGCGAGAUCUUUUGGGAGGAAAUGGCAUUGGGAAACUUUACCAUCGGAUACCAAGCUUUCGUGGCCGCGCAAACAGUCACACAGGAAGAUCUCAGUGGAGGGGCUUUUUCAGGUGUUCUCGGCCUGGCGCUUCCUGCUAAUUCAUUCAUCCUCAAACAAAUUCCAGGGACCACUGGUUCAUCUGCCGAUGGUGCUACUUUCCUCGAUAAUCUUUUCGGUCUCGGUAGUGCGGCCCCUACCGAACGCUUAUUUUCUUUGUCCCUUGAACGCAGAGAAGAUGUCCGGACCAGCUCGUUUUUGGGAAUCGGCACCACUUUCGAUACGUAUUGCCCCAAGCCGUGUUCUCCUCCCUCCUCUCCUAUUGUCGCCCAGCCUCAGCUCGGUGUGACAGGCUACACGCAUUGGAGAAUCCAGUUACAGAGUAUAACGGCCACAACUUGGAGCGAUCCCCAACAUGGGUUGGGUGGACAAGUCACUACCGUGACGCUUGGGGCUAGCCAGGUUGAUACAUCGAAAUCCACCCCUCUGGCAGUGCUUGAUUCUGGUGGUGUGCAGAUUCUGGUGGGAUACAAACCUUUUGCCGAUUCCAUCUACUCGAUUUAUGGGAUUCAGGCGAGCUCUGAUGGGAUAUACCGUCUACCUUGCACGCAGCAACUCGCUCUCACUUUCACUUUCGCCGAGACUGAGUAUUCGGUCCAUCCUCUGGACAUGAGCUGGGCGGAUUCUGCAGAUCCAUCUCAGCAAACGUGCAUAGGGGCCAUACAAUACUCCUCCACUUUAGGUAGCACCGGAGAUUUCAUCUUAGGUAGCUCUUUCCUCAAAAACGUCUAUUCAAUAUUCCAAUAUCCUGACACGAUGCGCACCACGGUUUGGCAACCCAGCGUCGGACUUGUCUCUCUCACAAAUGCUUCACUCGCCUCACAAGAAUUUUACGCUGUCCGGAGUCUUCAUCAAUCCCUCUCUUCUAUAUCGGCAAAUCAUCAAACAACCUCUCCUUCCAGUCCCUUAUCACCAUCAUCUUCUCCUGGUUCUUCCAGCUCACAUUCUGCCUCGAAAGCAGUUGUCCCAGCCGUCGUUUCCGUCUUGGGAUUCUUCCUCGUCGCUGCUGGUCUGUUCUGUGCGUGGUGGUUUUGGCUUCGACAUAAAUGGGGUGCUGGGGGUGUGGUACAAUACAAACAAGCUCCCAAUCGACAUCGUGGGGACCUGAGUAUAUCGAGUCUACGAAGUAAAAAACAUAAUGCUGCACAGCGACAAAAGAGUAUGGUGGAAGGUUUAUCCGAUUACGAAGAUUCUUGGGCGUCAGGUACUGGUACAGAAGGGGAAUCCAUUCGACUUGGUUAUCUACCCGAAACGGUCGCGACAGAUGUUAUAGCUGGACAUCGAGAUUCCGCCGGAUCAAGUGUUCGAAUCAAUAACGGAGUGGAAGGUGAUGAUUCAUUAAUCGAUCUAAAUGAAUCUGAUCCUAAUUCAACAUCGAUCGGAAAUCAAGCCACAGUCAUAAAUACUCGUAGGACAUCAGCAAAUCGAACUAUUUCUUUUCAUGAUGCAGACCCAGAUGUACCAUCACCACCCGUCAUAAAUCCUUAUUCUCAACCAGGAUAUACAUCAAAACAAACUGGACCUUUUCCGGAAAUCAAUCCUCGAAGAUCAAUGAACAUGUCUGGCCCUUUCCCUUCUCCAGCGGUCAGAGGUCAAUCAGGAAGUGUCAGACCUGAUUCUUCACCAAUGUACGAUAUCCGUUCCAGCGAUUACUUUGAAGUUCCUAGAGGACGCACGAGAUCUAGUGUUACUGGUGGAUCUGGUGGAAAUCGAGGAAACUCUCAACAAGGGAGAGAAGGAAGUAGGGGUAGAUCGGCGAGUGGAGGACGAAGACUUAGUCCGGGAAAACAGAUAGGAAGCGUCUUAGGACAGGUGUUGGUAGAAGAGCCAGAAGCUGGAUAAUUUGGUCGGUGUCAUUCCAACCGUUUGGAAAGCAUAGUCUCGGUGUUUUCAUCUUGGUGGCGGGACCAUCUUAGGAAAGGGCAAAUUAGUAAGAAGAAUCUUAAAAAAGGAUGACAAUCUUCCAAAGGGAGAUAUAGGGGUUUCAUAGGGAUUGGGACAUUUAUGUUGCAAUUAUCAAAAAUGUAGGCAUCAAUUGCGAGAAUGUAUGCUUAUUAUCAU